UUGGUGCUGACUUUAUAUUUUAUUUUAAAAUGCGAUUUUAAAUUAUAAUAUUUCUGAAUUGCUUUCAUAAAUAUCGAUCAAGUUCUUAGAAACUGCAAAUGGAACAAAUCUCUGGAUAAAAUAACACAUCUCUUCUUAUCGAAUUUUAACGUAAAGUACAAAAUACGAGCUGCGAUAUGACUCAUUAUAUUUAAUUCUGGCGUGCUAAUUGAAAUAUUAAUCCUAACGUAAUAGAACAAAUGCAUUGAGUAAAAUAAUAGAUUUCAGUUGUACUUAAGAACCAUCAACCAAAAAGUACAAAUCAUGGGGAAUUCUCAACCAAAAGAAAUUGAUCUACUGGAGUUGUACCUUAGAGACCCAAUUCUAAGAUACAAUGUGUCACGCUGCGUGAAUGAAACGGAACUUUCUGAUGAUAACCAGGAUAAGGAUUGGGCUCAGUGUUUAGGACGUUAUGUACCUGGUGCUCUUUUAAGUCGUCCUUAUCUACUGCCAUGGGAACAACAAGCCCUUUGGGCCAUCCUCUUCGGGACCAUGAUAACCAUAGCUGUGGCAGGUAAUGCCAUAGUAGUAUGGAUUAUAUUGGCUCAUAGACGCAUGAGAACAAUAACUAACUUAUUUUUGCUGAACUUGGCUGUGGCUGACUUUCUUUUGGCCAGUGGGAAUGCUACUUUCAACUUUGUCUUCAUGCUGGAAAGCCACUGGCCAUUUGGCGAACUGUUCUGUGUGGUUAGCAAUUUUCUUGCAAACCUCACCGUCUCCACAUCGGUCUUCACUAUCCUCGCCAUGAGUAUAGAUAGAUUUGUAGCGAUAGUUCGCCCGUUAAGACCGCGUAUGUCCAAACUGGUUGCAUAUGCUAUUCUGGCAGCAGUCUGGUUGGCUGGAGGAGUGCUAUCAUGCCCAUCUCUCAUUUAUUCCACUACCAUGACCUUCAGAUAUGCAGACAGAGGGCAUCGCACAAUUUGCUACCUUGUGUGGCCAGAUGGACCAGCAGGUCAUUCAUACUCCGACCACAUAUACAACAUCAUAUUCCUUGUGGUAACGUAUGUUUUGCCAAUGUGCUCAAUGGCUGUAACGUACACAUGGGUUGGAUGUGUAUUAUGGGGAAGCAAAGUCAUAGGAGAGCAGACAGUCAUGCAGAAUGACGUGAUUCGUUCGAAACAAAGGGUUGUUCAUAUGCUGAUUGCAAUUGUUGUGCUGUUUGGGGUCUGCUGGCUUCCUUAUCACAUCUAUUUCCUGUACGUGUAUCAUCAUCAAGAGGCUAUUGUUUCAGACUACAUCCAGCACAUCUAUUUAGCCAUAUACUGGUUGGCCAUGUCCAAUUCAUGCUACAACCCGAUAGUAUAUUACUGGAUGAACUCGAGAUUCCGUGAUUAUUUCCGAACAGUCAUGUGCUUUCCGAAGCGUGGCUUUCGAAGAACCUGGUGCAAAGAGAGGGCAAAGAUUCCCAAAACCACAACCUUCACCUGCUCAACCCGAUCCCGUUCCUGUCGAGUGACUUUGCCCCUGCCAAGAGCCAAUGGACACAUUCAACCGCCACGAUACUUGUGCAGUCGUCUGUAAUUCAAGUGAAUCUCUAUAUGUUUCGUUGUGAAAGUUUUGUGAAUUUUCGUGAAUUUGAAAACGCUUUGUGGAUUUCUCGAUGUUUCUUCACAGUCAUUGUUUAACUGUCAGUCAGAUGCAUGCGUGAUUGAUAAGUGGAAUUUGGUCAUUUGUGCCUCCUCAUGUGAUCUCAGUAUUAUGUUCUUAUGAUUCCCAGCUAUAUAAAUAUUUAUACAUAUUUCUGUAAAAAAUGUACUUGUGUGGAA